AUAUGAUGAAAUGGCUAACAACAAAAUGGAAAUGAAAGAGAUUGCUAAACACAAGACUGUCUGGAAAAUGAACUCAACCAGUGAUCCUUCACUAAUAACUGGUUUAGAAGUCAAUCCUUUGAAGAAAUUUAUCAUUCCUAAGAUCAGGAAGACAGCUGAGAAAGUGUACUUGUCACCUUGUUGCACCAACACCAGAGAGUACAGUUUUAUUCACGAUACUCUUAGCCAGUGCAGGCUUGACGUCAGCUGUGAUCUCCGGACCUCGUGGCAAUUCGGGGACACAAAGCUGGUUCACAACGAGGAGCUGGAGAAGAAUUUCACUGCGAAGAGGUCAGAGAUGCGAGAGAGCGGAAGACAUGGCAGAGAACUCGAAGAACAGUUCUGCUUUCUAGCCCUUCCUCAGAGUGACGUGGUGGGGAUAUAUCAGCAUGGAAUGAGUACCGGAGCCUCUGCAUUGAAGACACUGGGAGACCCUCUCCUCGGAGUGUAUCUGUUCAGACAUGUCGAUGUUGCCUUGAAUUAUGCUCAUAGUAGAAAUGUCACUGUAGAAAGUAUUGUAAUUUUUAAGGUUCUCUUUGGAAAAGUGAAGAAAAUGCAGCCCUGUAUGGAUAAAAACAAAGUUUCUUUGGAUCCCUCUCCUAACUUUGAUUGCCAUAUGUCAAGGACCGCACCAUCCCUGAAAGACUCCAUUGAGCUCCAGGCCUGCAGUUCAGCAGUGUACUUCUAUGAGUACAGUGUCUUUCUGAAGCCUAUAGACAAACCAAGGCAGUGUCUUCCAUACGCAAUAGUGACAGUAAAAUUUGUUGGUCAGAAAGUAGAUAAUGGACACCUGAUGACAUCUUUGAGAUUCCUUUCAGCAGGCUUUCCUAUUAUUUUCACAGAAAGAACAUGUUCUCUGAAUAACUGUACAGUGGCCAAAAGAAUUGGAAAAGGAAAAGAUGCUACUGUCAUCUUUGAGCAUUUCAGGAAACCUGUAGAUCCAUUCAUUCAGGAAAACUGUUCGUGCAGUGGGCUCAAUUUAGAGAUAAAUCCUUCCAACUCAAAUGUUUCUAAUUCCUGUGGAAGUCAGCAAAAUGGAAGCAUUUCUAUGCAUGAAACAUACAGUGGGACAGAGCACAGUCCAGCAGGAACUAGAGACACUUCUCAAGUACUUGCACAAGAUUCAGCUUCUUCAUUUACACCCAGUGAUACCAGAGAACGUGUUAGUGAUGGUGACCUCUUGUUCAAUUUGGCAUGUCUUCAGAAUGUUCUAAGUGGUCUUUCUGCUGCUUUUCCCCUUCAGAGCAAUAUUGGCUCAAGCACAGUUAUUACUUCAAAACUCAUCAAAGACCCAAGACUGAUGAGGAGAGAAGAAAACCUGGGGAAACAGAAUAAUACUGCAGGUUUAAAUGAGAUUUUGCCAUUUGAGAAGAGUUCAAGUUAUAUUAAUUCAGAAAUAAACCUCCCAUCUGUACCCACUAAUUCUGCCUUCUCAUCUGAGGGUGACCCUGGUGAACGUGCUUUUCUUACGAAUUUUUUGGAUACCCCUUGCUUCAAGAUUCCUUUUGGUGAUUCACAAUUUCAGACCCAUAGCAUGAGCUCUAAGAAUUAUGAUCAUGCAACUCCCGGAAGAGUUAACAUGGAAGGACAGUGUAAGGACCAAGGCAGUGUUUCUUUUCCAAUAUCUUUGUCAGAUGUAGUUUCAGACACUGAAAACCAAAACUACAGUGAAGCAGAAGUGCUGAAAGCCCAACAAAGAAGCAACAUCCCACUUUUAAUCAAUCAAAGCACUGAGCCAUAUCACUCUGAUGAAUCAGUGAAUUCUUGUACACAGGAAUGUAACAGUCACAUCUUGCAGGGAUCACAGUCUUCUCAAGAGACUGUGCAUCACCCUGGUGACCGGAUGUCUACAGUUUUCCCUCAAAAAAAGAAAGAAAGCAUCAUAGAUAAGUGCAUUCAAAAUAUUGGAAAGAUGAGAAACUUCACUGACCCAGAAGACAGUUCCAAAUGUGGAGAAAAGCAAAUUUCUUGGAAAGAAAUUGAAAGUUAUUUUAGUAGUGAAACAAGAAUAAGUUCAGUAGAUAAUUACUUUCCAUCAUACCAACAAUAUGCAGAGUGUGAGAGUCUUGAUUCUUCUGGAGAAAAGGGUGAUAAAAUAGCAAUUGCUCAAGAGUUACAAAUACCUAAGUCUUCCAUGUAUACCAGGGAGGAUGAGGAUGAACUGGAUCAUCUGUCAUUAGAACUGCAAAAUAAUAUUACUCCAAGUGUAGAGUGCCUUUCACAAAAGCAUCCUCAACACACUCUGGCGUAUGAAGAUAACAUUCAUAAAAGUUUUGCCAUUGCUCACAAUCUAAUGGAACUGAAAUUGGAAGAAGAAAAUCAAAAUUGUGUUAGCAUUAUGACUAAUGAUUUCCCUGAAGCAAAUGCUAUUCCCCAGGCUGAAGAACUGCCCAUGGAUACAGUUAUUUCAUAUCAUGACAUUGAAACAGCUCUUGACAAUUCAAAUUGCAGCAUAAGUAGAGAACAAAUAUUUGUUCACCGGGAAAAUGAAAAUGAGCCAGUGUCAUUAGAAAACAUGCAGAGAGACUGCAAAGAAGCUCCUCCUAUUGAAGACGAAGGUCAGGAUCAAGUUCUGCUCUGUAGUGCACACUUGAACAAUGAUGAAGGCCUGAACGUUAAUUUUAGAGAAGGCAGCAAUAAUGAUGAAGGACACCAAAAUGAAUCUAGAGAGCAAGAUAGUACUUCACCUUCAGAAAACAGCAGAGAGAAUAUAUAUGAAGAUGAGAAGCAGGGUUUUUAUAUAAACAAGAAUGUCACCAGUAUGGAUGAAAGAAGGGAUGAUAAAAAUGGCAACAAUGUAGAAAGUCUGAGUUCUGAAAAAUUUUCUUCUACAUUUAACUUGACUUGGGGAGAGAACUAUGUGUCAAAAGAGACUGUAUUAUUAGAGAGUAAAAGUGCUGUUAAUUCUAUAAGACAGAAAGAUACUCAAGUUACUGGAAAAAGUAUAGAUCAUUUUGCUUCCACAACAUCUGCCAAAAUUUCAGGUUCUUCAUUGUGCGUAGCCUCAUAUGCUACAGAACACACAGCCAGUAGCACCUUGCUUGCAGUAAGCACAAAGCUUGAAGAUCACCAGGGUUCUCAUUUUAAAGGAACUUGUUCUUCUGGGAUUACAGAUUCUUGUUUGUUAGAACAGCAUGGGGUUUCUGACUGUGAAAUUGAUACAGAGAAAAAUAAACUACAGGAUUCAUUUCAUCAACCAACAGAUGAGAAAGUUCUUCAAAGUUUAGAACCAGAAAAUGAGAUUGAAGUACAAUCAAAACAAUGUGGUGAUACUGUUCUAUUUCAAGAAGAUACACUUAGCCAUGGAAAUGCACAUUAUGAUGACUUUGGAGACAUAUAUGAGGUUUUGAAGGCCCGCAUCGAUUGGGAAGGUCUGUUUGGAAGCAGUAAUGUGCAGGCAGAAAUUUCACAAAGCACAACAAGAAGGGAAAAUAGUGAUCGGCAUUGCUCUAAGAAUAAUUGUUUUUAUUCCUUUACACAAAAAAGCAAAACAGAGCGCCUCACACCAAUUUUACUUCCAGAUCUACAAAUUACAAUUACAAAUACAGUUAGGCCAGAAGGUAGCUUCUCUGCAGACUCCCUUGCAUUGAAAGAUAAUUUUCGCAAAGAUUUAACUGAAGCCACAAACCCAGAAAUAAAUGAGAAGAGGGAAGAUCCAGAAUUUUAUAGUUAUUUCCAGCCUUCUGGUGAAAAUUCAGGUUACCCAUGUGAAGAUAAAUUUGGUAAUACAAAGCAAGAAUCUGGAUUAGUGAGUAAGUCUGCACUCUCCCUUUCUUUUGACUUGAGUCCUAAUACACAUGUACAUCUUAUGUCUGAAAAACAAAAAAAUGAAUCUUUGUUUACUCAACCUUCUGAUGUCACAACAAGAAAUAGCAGAAGUAGAUAUUUCUUUACAAAAUCAAAAGCUGACUCUAAUGAUUCUAGAAGUAAAAAGGAUAGGGGACCAAGAAUUAGCAAAAGAAAACUACAUACAUCUUACAGGAAUCAGAACAUGUCACACAAAGAUUUAAGAGAGCACGAAAUUUGUGGGGGAAAGAAGAGGGUAAUUCCUCACGACACAUCUGAGUGUUUUUUUUCAUUAUCCCAAGGACGAAUUAAAACAUUUUCACAAUCAGAAAAGCACAUUAGGAGUGUCCUGGAUAUUCUGAAUAGUGAAGCAUCUUUAUGCAAAAGUAAACGUCUUUCCAGAAAACUUGACAGAGCCGUUCUUCACCUAAAAAAAGCUCAUAGAAGAGUUCACACAUCUUUGCAACUCAUAGCCAAAGUGGGAGAGAAAAGAAAGGUCCCAUUACCAAAAUCAUAUGCAAUUGUAUGCAAUAAUUUCUGGGAAAGCUGUGACCUUCAAGGUUACAGUACUGUGUCUGAAAGGAAAUAUUAUUCCACUAAGCAUUUUUGGUCAAAAAGAAAUUAUGAUAAACAGGGAGAGAGAAGAGCCAUAGGAUUUGAUGUUGGUAAAUCAUUAACCCAUGUGUCAAAGACGGAGUCUUAUGAAACAAAUGGAGAGAGAGUCACAAAGAGCCUUUCCAGGGGAAGUGUGGCAAGCAGUGUCUCUAAAAGUCACACUACAAUUCACAUGAGGGAAUUUUAUGAUCAAGAACAACAUGCUGAAUCACAGUUGCUCCUACCCCUCACAACCCAAAGUACAAAUCAGUCAACUUAUAAAAAUAGCAGUGUGAGAAAUUCCAGAGCAUCAGAACAUCAGCCCCUUUCCACAGAAAGUAGGUGUCUAUUUUCCCCAGGCCACACAAAUGAGAAACUAACUGAAAAAGGAAAUCAAACUGACACAGAGUUUUUAUCCAACAUUAGUAAAUAUGAGAAGUCUGAGAACCGUUCAGCACAUAAUAUUGAGGAUACAACCAAAGACAAUUCUGAGGUUAAUGUAGUAAUAAAUGAAAGUAAUUCGGUGUUUUUAAGUUGUAAAAAAGGAAACAGGAUAAGUUACAGCACAGACAAAAAUCAUGCAAGUUAUAUACCACACACAAAGGUGAAAAUGGGUAUACUUACUUCAGUCUUAAAAUCAAAUAUGAAGCACUUUUUAAAUGUUGGUAUCUACAAACAAGACAGUCUUCUUUUAUCUGGGUGUAAAAGAAACUUGGAAGUGAGUUUUCCUACAGAAAUGUGGGCAGUUGCUAUUGAAAGCUCCAAACCAAGCAUUAGGAUAGGAAACUUUUUUAUGGACCCAUUAAACCUGCCUUUGACAGCAAGCAGAAAGUACAGUAUCCCUCAGUUGUUACCUGCUGCUCCUGUGACAGACAGUGAGGGAGAAUCUUCCAAAUCUUACUUGCGUAAACCGAGAAUUUUUGCUAUUGGUUCUUUUGCAGCAUGCACUACAUCACACUGUCAGCAGAGAGAUGGUGCAGAGGAACUUCCAAAGGUAGAACAAUGCCCUCAAAGUAAUUGUUCCCAGGUAGAUGGGAAAGAAAGAAAUGUUGCAGAGAAUUCUGAGUUGGAUCUGAUGUUAGUAAAUGAAAAUAAAAGUCAUGGAAAAAAUAUAACGAAGAAGCUGGUUUCCAGUGAUAGAUCAUUGCUCUUGAAAGAGAAGAGUUCUAAAGAUAAAUACAUUGCAAAGAAAGACAUUCAGAACAGAAAAAUAUGGAGAGUUAAAGAGCCUGAUGACGCAAAAGACUUAGUUAACAAAAGCAUGACUGAAGCAUCAACUGUUAAGACUGGGUACAAAAGCCAGAAUAAGAUCAUAAGAGAAGAACUCUCUCACAUAAAUGAGAAAACAGUUAAAAAUAACUUGAGUGAUUCUCAUCUUACCAUUAAAAAUAUGAGUGUUGAUGCAGGCUCUUCAAAGAACACAGUGUUUAAACAGCUUAACAAGAAAAAAUAUAGGGGAGUGAAGGUUGGCGGUAACUCUCAGCCAGACUCAAUACUGUGUUCAGAAGUAGCUAGUGAUUCUCAGCCAGGUGAGCCAGACAUUCUGGGAGUUCUUCAUUUCCCUGUCUUACAUGCCCACUCUAAAGUCACUGCUAUUCAGAAGCCUACUUCACACGUGAAUGAAUUUAAAGCAAAAAAAUGCUCAGCCAGUUGUCCAGCCCUUAUAACUAAGCUGUCUCAAAUUUUACAGAGAGCAGAUGAAGCAUCAUCUUUACAGAUUCUCCAAGAAGAAACUGAGGUUUGUCGAAAUAUUCUCCCUUUAUUUGUUGAAGCAUUUGAAAGGAAGCAAGAAUGUUCCCUUGAACAAAUUCUGAUUUCAAGAGAACUAUUGGUAGAACAAAAUUUGUGGAAUAACUGGAAGCACAAAUUAAAGCCCUGUGCUGUUGACACUUUGGUAGAACUUCAAAUGAUGAUGGAAACUAUUCAGUUCAUUGAAAAUAAAAAGAGGCUAUUAAAAGGUGAACCAACAUUCCGAAGUUUGCUUUGGUUUGACAAGACACUGUAUGGUGAGUUACUGGGCAGACCACGUGGAUAUCAACAGCAGUCCAAUUUCUAUCCUGCUUUUCAAGGAAGGUUAAAGUAUAAUGCAUUCUGUGAGUUGCAGAAUUACCAUGAUCAGUUAAUUGAGUUGUUUGAAGAAACAAAAAGGGAAAAUAAUUCAUAUUAUGCGUUUUUAAAAUACAAACGACAGAUGGAUGAAUGUGAAGCCAUCAUGAGGCAUUGUUCUGAUUGCUUUGAUUUUUCUUUGUCUGUUCCAUUUACCUGUGGCGUUAACUUUGGAGAUAGUUUAGGAGACCUAGAAAUCUUAAGAAAAAGUACUUUAAACCUGAUCAGUGCAUACAGGAACGCUCCUAAAGUACAGUCAUGUCCAGGAAAACAAGACCAUUUAUGGAUUAUCAUAGAAAUGAUCUCCUCAAAAGUUAAUUUUAUCAAGAGUAAUGAGGCAGUAAACAUUCAGGUAUCUCUUUAUGGCCUGGAACAUAUCUUUUUUGAUGCUGCAAAAACACUUACUUGGAAAGAAAGAAAACAAUCUUUUGACAAAAAGUACUCAGGAAAGAAGAACAAAGAAAUGCUACUCAAAAUGAAUCAAUGUGCUUAUGCUAAGCUGAAGAAAAUAUACGAUACUUUGUCUAAAGAGUUAAACAAUAAGCCAAUUCCCAGUAUUGGGCUUGAGGAACAUAUGAUUGCUUCCAGAAAGUCAGAUGAUGUAAUAAAGAAAUCAGCAAUUAGCAUGGAAAAUUAUAGGUUUAACAGUACUUUGCUUUCACAUCCAGAUAUUUGUUGUAUUAGUGAAAUACUGGAACAAGCUGAAUAUGCAGACUUCAGAAAAUUACAGCAACUCUCUUUGAGAUGUACAGAUCACUUAGCAAUUUUGAAAAAAUACUUCCAGAUGCUUCAAGAGGAUAACAUAGAUAAUAUUCUUAUCACAGAAGAAAAUGUUUUGGACAUGGUAAAAAACCGCAACCAUGAGGCUAUCAUUUUAAAACCUGCAGCUGUUGAGACAUACAUUGAAAUUGUCAUGCUCUCAGAAACUGUUCACUUUCUUAAAAACUCAAUGGCGAAGAAACUAGACAAACAGAGAUUUCGGGGUAUGCUUUGGUUUGAUUUGUCCCUGCUUCCUGAGCUGAUUCAUUGCCAAGAAAAAAUGGCUUCCUUUUCCUGCCUUAAAGGUAACUCAACAGAUUGCCUUUGGGAAGUGAUAGAUACUGCUGUUUCUGAACUUAAGAAGGAUCUGGAUGUUAUCUACAAAUAUAAUGAGGCCGUCAAUUGUCUUUAUGCUUUUCAUUUGUUCUCAAGAGAACUUGAAGAACUUUCAGAAAUAAAAAAACUUCUGAAGAAGUCUCAGUAUUCAGUUUCCACAUACACUGGCUUUGUGCCAUAUAUUGCAUCCAUAAAUUAUGGGAGCACUGUGACAGAGUUAGACUAUAACUACAGUCAGUUUUCUACACUGCUCAAAAACAUAAUGGCUUCCCCUCGAAAGGAUUUAGGAAAGAUGGCUCAUACUAUGAAAAUCAUGAAAACAAUUGAACACAUGAAGACGGUAUGUGCUAAUAAAAAUGCUGAAUUAACCGUUUCCUUCAUCCUGUGUCAAAUGCUAUAUAACAGAAGGAAGACUCUCCAACUGAAGAGAAAAGAAAAGGUGGAUAUUCAUGUUAUAAAACCUGGGGGAAAUGUCAAUAAAUCCAGUAUUUCUAUGAAGGUACCCUCAAUUUCAGAGUACAUAAUUAAAAAUGUUACAAAUUCUUCUAAAAAACGACCUAUCACUCUAGACAAAUGUGAAAACUCUCAGGAACAAGAGAAAAAUAUAGCUAUCUCCAGCUGUAAAAAGCAAAAGGUUAACGUGGAAGAUGUCACGGAGAUGAGCAGAGAAAAGGCCGCGUUCAAGCCGCCAAGGACUACAGGAUCUCAUCUCAGAAGUAAAAACAAAGUAAGAUCAGGCUCAUCUUACCAUCUGGAAAAACAUGUAUCUCCAAGAGGUGAAAUACAGAGAUCACCACCUGGCUCACUUUUACCUUUAACGUGCCUAAAAGAUACAUGUUCAUCAAAAUCAGAAAGCAAAACUGACUUAACUAAUAUUUCAUCUGAUAUUUCAGAACACUGUAGUGGACAGCCCAGGAACUUAAAUAGCACAAAGAAAAGAAAUGAGCAUUUUGGUGUCGCUGAAACUAAAAAUAAUAACAAAGACUGUGGUCCUUUUGUGUUUUAUGAACAAGAGACUGUAAACGGCAUAUUUUCAGAAGGCCAUGAGACAUCUGUGCAGAAACUUAAAAGUUCUUCAAAUACCACACAGAAAUUUUGUCUUUCAAACAUAAAACCAGGAACUAAUGUUUCUCUUGCACCUAAUGCAUUGGUGUCCUCAAAACCUGUUUUCCGUUUUGUGCAGGAUAGCCACACCAAUCUAGAAAUGAGUCAGGCAGUCUUGGAACUUCAAGAUGGUAAAGUAUUAAAUUCACCUAUUAAGAAUACCACAUACACCAGUUCUUCAGAACCCAUAUUUAGUGAGAACAAAGUUCCUGUUUUGCAAAUAGAUAAAACACAGUCACCAAAAAUGGAGUUGGAGAAGAAUGUGAAGGAUGCACUGAAUCCUAGUCCUGGACGAUGUGGAGCAGGUGGGGACCUAACUCUUGGUAGGAAUCACACAGCAAGGUGCUCUCUCUCUGAACAGCAGGAUGACAGAAAUGCGGAAGUCCUAACUCUCAGUGCUGCCUCAGACUGGAGUGAGCUCCCACCAUCUGCACAUAGCCCAGCAUAUACUUCUGAGCAUUCCUUUGGAGCUGUGUAUCCGUCGUACACUUGGUGUGUUUAUCAUUACAGCAGCAGGGGCGGCAGUGCUGUUGCCCAGACCUACCAAGGGGUAACGUCGUAUGACAUGCAGCCGCCUCCUGCUGGGCUGCUGACGGCAGUUGCAAGUGCUGUCCAAGACACACAUUCUACUCUUCUGUGCUCACAGUACUUUACUUACUUUGCUGGGGAGCCACAAGCCAAUGACUUUUUGCCAGCUAGUGGGUAUUUUCAAGCUCAAAUGCCCAGUUCUUACCAUUUUCAACAGCCAUUUUUUUCACAGUAUGCUUUUCAUCAACCAUUUCCACAGGCUGCUUGCUUGUACCCUCCUAAUCCAAGUGUGCUUCCAGAAUUCUCUUGGCUUUAUGCUCCUUGGCAUCAAGAAGCCUUUCACCCAGGACACUGAAAACAGUCUUCCAUCCACUGAAAUAAAGGAGAUCAAAUAUUUUUUCCAAGCAUUUUUUAUUUACAUAUUUUUUAUUUUAACUUUUUAAAGUGUAUGUAAAUGUGGUAGGAAAUGUAAAACAUGCAGCCUUUUAUAAAAUAUGUAAGUAUAAUGGUAUAUCACAAAAAGUAAUAAGAAAUCAACUUCUAACAUCCGAAGGACCAAAAUUAUUUCCAUGCAAAUAUAAGGAGUAAUAAAACGUUUAAUAUGACUAAGGCUAAACAGUGGUGGUAAUAUCUUUGAAAGGUUUUUGUUUCUGAUUUUUUAAAGAAUGUUGUUAUGAUGUACCAUUAGAGCUGGAGGCAGGAUUUUUUUUUUUUUUUUGCUUGGAUUGGUCAUGAGACUAGUAAUUUAAUAAUUCUUAAUAUUUUUUCAUAUCAUUUAUAAGUG